UCAUGCUGCUGCCAGGUCCAGAGUCUCUCAUGGGUCCCUGUACGGCCUCCCAUUGCUGCUGUCUCCAUCGCCACACUCUGCCAUGUGCCACUUUCAGGUCUCCUCACACUGCUGGUGUGUUCCAUUUUUUGUCAUAGGGUGCUGGCAGAUUACGGGCCUCCCAUAGCUGCUGCCAGGCCCCUAAUCUGCCAUGGGCCCCUAUACCCGCCUCCUCAUGCUGCUGCCAAGUCCAGAGUCUCUCAUGGGUCCCUGUACGGCCUCCCAUUGCUGCUGUCUCCAUCGCCACACUCUGCCAUGUGCCACUUUCAGGUCUCCUCACACUGCUGGUGUGUUCCAUUUUUUGUC